AUCCCGUCAUAAUCUGAUUAAAGGAAAACUAUCCAAAUGCCUUCGAAGUGGAACGGCCUCCGGACGAUGUUGUCGCCCGACGGACCCGAUGCGACAGGACGCAGGACGACGAUGGCUUCGCUCGGCCUUCGUCUCUAUCAGAAAACAGACCCCAAGGCCGACUUUGCAGUGUUGCUGGAGAACAAGAAGACGAAGAAUAGCCUCCUCUUCCAGGCGGGGACAGUAGCGACCUUGUGAAGAAGAGCAGUGGAUAAAAGAAAUGAAGAAGUUACUUGGAAAUGAGAGCUUCUACUUCAGUGUCUGCACAGGAGGCGAUGAGCCAUUAGACUUGACCCUUUGUGCCCAGCGACGAGCCAAGACUAAUCGUACUGACAACAGAUUCUUCUGGAAUCGCAUGCUUCACCUCCACCUGAAGAGGUUUGGAGUUGACUGUGAGCAGUGGCUAAUCAAGACUAUGUGUGGGAGUGUGGAAUUUGCAUCUCUAUAUAUGAAUAAUCACACCCCAAAAAUCUUAAUGAUCUCCAGGCUGAGUUGCGAGAGGGCUGGAACUAGGUUUAUGGUUCGUGGUGUAAAUGAUGGUGGGCAUGUUGCUAAUUUUGUGGAGACAGAACAGCUGAUUCACAUCGACUCAAUGGAUGAUAUUGUUCUGUCCUAUAUCCAGACUAGAGGAACUGUCCCACUUUUCUGGGAACAACCAGGGUUAAAUGGCAUGCCACUGUGGGCCCAUGACUAUGUCUUCUGGUGUGGGGAUUUCAAUUAUCGCAUAAAUCUUUCUCGGGAUGAAGUACUCGAACUCGUUCAGAGGCGAGAAUGGAGUGUCCUGCUUCAUCAUGAUCAGCUUAAGCAAAGUUAUGCUGAAGAGAAGUGCUUCAAAGGUUUCAUAGAAGGCGACAUCACAUUUGCUCCAACAUACAAGUACGACCUGUUCUCUGAUGAUUAUGAUACCAGUGAAAAGUCCCGCAUCCCAGCAUGGACAGACAGGGUGCUCUUCUGGAGGAGGAUGUACCCACGUGACAAGGAGAAUCCCAAGUGGACACCAGGUCGGUUUGUUCACUAUGGAAGGGCUGAGCUGAAACAGAGUGAUCAUCGACCAGUGUUGGCAGUGAUUGAUGUAGAAGGCUGCACUGUUAUUGACUCAAAGCUUGCCAGCACCUAUGAGUCUGUUGUAGCAUCACUUGGUCCCUCUGACUGUACUGUUGUGGUGCAGCAAGCAGAGGAGGAGGUCCAGAACCUCCCUCCUGGAGCUGAUGCAGAUUCUGUUUUUGAUGAUGAAACGCUGGAGAAAGUCCAAGAAGCCAUGGGGACAGUGGGCUCUGUGGUGCUUGUGCGCUUUGUGGAUAACAGAGUUUGGUUCACAUUUAGCGAUUCACAGACUGCACUAAAGGCCAUAGGAUGUAGUCCUUUACAGAUAGGUGGACACAAGCUGGAAGUGAAGCUCAAGACAGAGGCAUGGAGAGACCAGCUGGAGGAGGAGCUUGCCCUCUGUGGGGACACUACUGUGCCUCUUACAGAUGAGACCCUCAACAUCUCAGACCAAGUUGAUACCUCUUUCAGCAUUCGAAAUAUUGAAGGUGCUAUGGAGAAGUUGUAUCAGUCAGAACUUGAGGCUGAAGAGGAGCCAGCCAGCAGUGAACCAAUAAAGGAACAGCGGUCACCCAUCCAGCCCUCUCGGCCCCCACCUCCACGCCCUGUCCCAUCAAGGCCUCCCCCUCCUCGUCCCACUCCCCCAGGAUCUGCCCCAACCUCGCCUGCCAUAGCUCGGGCUCAGACCAAGGUAAAGGUCAUCACAAAGCCUGUGCGACCUUCUCAACUAGCACCAACAGGAAGCUCUAUAGCCUCAAAGUCACCCACUGCAGAGGAGCCGAACCAGGAAAUUGCCCAACGUCCCAAACCUCCUAAGCCAGAGGUGGAAGCGCCCCCAGGGCCAAAGCCAGUUUUACCACCCCGUACUCCAUCUUUAGAAAGUCCUGUCACAGAAAAAUCUGCAGCUUCCUUCACUAGCUCCCUGUUUGGUGGUCCUCCUUCACUGCCAGCUGAUCUUCCUUCCUCUGCUACCAGUGAUCAGCCCUCUGUGUCCCCCUUUGGUGCUCCACCCUCAUUGCCAGACAAUUGUCCUCCAUUGGUGCAAUCUUCAACUAAACCUUCUGAGGGACAGCCCGCAGCUUCUCCCUUCGACAGCCAGCCUUCUAAGCCUGACAGUGUGCCUCCUAGCAUACCUCCAUCUGAAACUCCACCUUCUAGCCAGCCACCUUCAGGACCCCCACCCACAGGGCCACCACCUGGUCCUCCCCCCUCACUUCCCCCUCCUGGACCACCUCCUUCUCUCCCACCAAAUGGCCCAUCCUCAGCUCCCCCAGCAGGGCCCCCUCCUAGCUUACCUGCAAGGACACUUCCUCCUGUGCCAGCUAGAAGUGGUGCAGGAGCACCUCCUCCAAUACCAUCCCGAUCCUUACCCCCAGUCCCUGCGCGAAAUCUUCCUCCAGUGCCACCCCGAAAGUAGUUUUGUGUCCUUUCAGUGAUGUAUGUAGAUGGCUUUUCUGAGGUUUAUCAGGUGUCUUUUUUUUUUUUUCUUGGUAAAAAUCUAAUAUAUAUAAUUACAUAGUGAAUUUGGAUAAUACAUUAUGCUUAUGUUUGGGGAGAAAUAUAUCUUGUUUGAAAAGUUCUCCUUUGUCAUUUUAAAAGGAUAGGAGGAAGAAUGUUUUUAAUUUCAGUAUUAUUACCGAUUAUUUCUCUUAUCUAGUCCUAUGUGAUUUUCUUUGUGAUUGUGCAAUGUGUUGAUUUAUUUAAUUUUAUUUGUAAAAAGUUUCCUGUAAGCAUAUAUCUGUAUAUGCCCUUACCCAAACAUCCACACAAAUGCAGACAUGCACCCACAUGCCUGCACUCACCUCUCAUACAAACACUCAUUCAAAUACAAGA